AUGUCAAAAAAAUUUGACGGAAGUAUUUUAGAUCCUGAUGUUGGGAUAGAUGAAAUACUUAGAACAAAAGCUAUAUUAAAACCAGAUGAUCAAUUGGAUUUGCCUGAAUAUGAGUUAAAAGAAGAAGUUGCAAGAUUUUUAUUAUCAUCCGAUAUGAUGGCACCAAAAAAUGUAGUCGAAUACAGUUUUAAAGAUGGAGGUUUUAUAUCAGUACAACCACCUUCUCCGACAGUUUUUUUAGUUCAUUUAGAAAGUUGUAUUAUAUUAAAAGAUUCUACAGAAGCUUUAGAACAAUUAGCUUGGGGUGUCACUAGUGAUGAGGGAGGUGAUGCAGACGAUGAUAUAAAAAAAUCAGGUGAUUUUGGUGGGGAAGAAGAUUUUGAUUCAAAAAAAAAUGUCGAAGAUGAUAAUGAAGAAAUAGAUUCUGAAACUCUCGAAGCUUUAAAUUAUGAAGAAGAAGGAGAAGGAGAAGGAGGAGAAGAGGAAGAAGGUGAAAAAGUCGGGAUCGAAGGACCCCCACAAGUUCAAUUGAAAAGAAUGAAAAAACUAUUGAAUGCUUUUAAUUUUUGUGAAAGGGCCGCCAUGACGUAUAAUAAUCCAUUUAGAGACAUGUCCACACAAACCACUCCACUUCCACGUCAAGUUUUUAGCGGAUUAAUUAGUCAAUGGAUGAUUUAUGAUUUUUACGCUGAAGAUUAUGAACGACAGCAAAAGGAAAAAGAAAAAGAAAAAGAGAAAAAACCGAUUGCCGGAGUUAAAGUAAAAGAAUCGGAGCAAAAAAAAUUAGAUGCGAUAAAAGCGGAAAUGCUUCAAAUGAAAGCCAACGAGGCUGCCAACAUUAUAGAUCGAAUGAUUUGUCAAAAUCUUUUCGACGAUAUAUCUCAAGAUUACAAAUAUUACGAAGAUCCUUCUGAUGAAUACAGACCGGAAGAAGGGACAUUGUUACCCCUUUGGAAAUUUUGCUACGAAAAAACUAAAAAACUAACAGUAACCGAAAUACAAUGGAAUCCUCAAUACUACGAUUUAUUUGGUGUCACAUUUGGCUCUUAUGAUUUUACAAAACCACUUCCUGGAGCUCUGUGCUUGUUCACUUUAAAAAAUCCAUCUUUUCCGGAAUACAUCAGAUUAACCGAUUUUGGAUUAUUAACUGUAUCAAUCCAUUCGAAAGAAGCAUACCUGAUGGCUGUUGGUGGAAUCGAUGGUACUCUAUCGAUAUACAAUAAAAAUCUUUUAACUAAAGCACCUCAAUAUCAAAGCGAUUCGGUAAACAAACAUUUAGGUGCUAUUUGGCAGGUACGAUGGGGAGAAGAUAUGGCCGACGGUGAAUUUAACGUUUUUUCAAUUUCUUCCGACGGAAGAGUUUGUAAUUGGAUUUUAAUGCAAAAUCAAUUAAUUGUAACGGUUACAAUUUCUUUAACGUUACCCAUACGAAGAGUUGCUGGACCCGAUGGUGCCAUGGUCGAUAUUAAAGCCAGCGGUACCGUUCUUGCUUUUCAUCCGAAAAAUCGUCAAAUUUAUUUGGUCGGUACCGAAGAAGGUAAAAUAUUUAAAUGUAGUUCUUUGUAUCAUUCGAAAUAUUUAUUCACGUACGAAGCUCACACGAUGCCGGUACAUAAAAUAUCAUUUAAUCGAUACAAUUCAUCAAUAUUUUUAUCAUGUAGCGGAGAUUGGACCGUUAAAAUAUGGGAAGAUUUAAGAAGCUCGCCGAUAUUUUGUUUUGAUCUUGGAUGUUCCGUCGGAGAUGCACAAUGGGCACCAUAUUCGAGCAGUGUUUUUGCCGCCAUAACGGUCGAUGGAAAAUGUCACGUAUUCGAUUUAAAAGUAAAUAAAUACAAAGCAAUAUGUACUCAAAAUGUGGUGUCGAGAAAGGGGAAAAAUCGUGCGACGAGAUUAAAAUUUAAUUAUCACAUGCCGAUAAUCGUGGUAGGAGACGAAAGGGGUACUAUAACCACGUUGAAAUUAUCACCCAAUUUAAGACUUAAAGCAAAAGUUUCUAAAAAAAAGGAUAAUUAUGUCGAACCGAGAGAUUUAGAAAUAAAUAAAUUAGAAAAAAUAUUAUCUUAUGUUACGGAACCGACUGUUUUGGUACCGCCACCCGAUAAAGAAAGCGUUAACGUUAACUAA